GUCCGCCAAUUUGUCACUGGAUAUUUAAAACCGCACGUGCUAAUAUGGCGUAGAAUGUACCAGCAUCAACAAGAGAUCUCUUUCUUUUCGAUCCUUGCGUUCACAGUAGAUGGCAGCAAUGUAACUGAUGAAUUCGCCACAACCUGAGGAUGCGAGGUUGCGCGAGAAACAGAAGGACGCGGACUGAUGGUGCUGCGAAGACACUGAGGUCUGCGAUCGUCGCGGGAAAUGACCAUGACGAGCGUAGCUGUCGCCCCGGGUAGCCUCGGUGCACCACCAGCUAUGCUCACCCCUAAGAUGUAUCACUUGCAGCAGGGCCUGAGCCCGACGUCGUCCGACUCGACCACAGCCGGCAAGAGCUACGACACCCUGAGCAAGAGCAAGAAGUCGUGGAGCGUGCGGCUGGGUUUGUCGCGGCAGCAUCACAACUACGGGGAUGACAAGGGCGGCUGGGGCACCAUAAGCGGCGGCAGCGUGCUCUCCCGACAGAUGAUCUACAGCGGCGAUCCGUGGCUGUACGGCACCGUGAGAUCGGCGUCGCGAACCGCCGCCGGUCACGAGCCGCCGCGACCCUUUCUGACGCCGCCUCCGCUACCGGGCGCGACGCCGUUGCUCGUGAUAUGUUCCUGCCCGGAGUUUCUCACCGGCACCGUCAGGAAGCUGGGCAGCUGUCGCAAGUGCGGCGGCCACCGCGUCGCCGGACUGCCUCUCGGCGGUACCUGCCGGCUACCGCCGUCCUCCAAGUCCAGACCCAGCCUCGCCGGUAAGUGA